AUGGCCCGAGCCCGUCCGUCGCCGCCACCGCCACCGCCGCCGCCGCCGCCGGGACUCCUGCCCUUGCUGCCUCCGCUGCUGCUGCUGCCGCUGCUGCUGCCCGCCGGCUGCCGGGCGCUGGAAGAGACCCUCAUGGACACAAAGUGGGUGACAUCUGAGUUGGCAUGGACAUCGCAUCCAGAAAGUGGGUGGGAAGAAGUGAGUGGCUAUGAUGAAGCCAUGAACCCCAUCCGCACCUAUCAGGUGUGUAACGUGCAUGAGUCCAGCCAGAACAACUGGCUGCGCACGGGGUUCAUCUGGCGGCGGGACGUGCAGCGUGUCUACGUGGAGCUCAAGUUCACCGUGCGCGAUUGCAACAGCAUCCCCAACAUCCCCGGCUCCUGCAAGGAGACCUUCAACCUCUUCUACUACGAGGCCGACAGCGACGUGGCCUCGGCAUCCUCUCCCUUCUGGAUGGAGAACCCCUACGUGAAGGUGGACACCAUUGCGCCGGAUGAGAGCUUCUCACGCCUCGACGCCGGCCGCGUCAACACCAAGGUGCGCAGCUUUGGGCAGCUUUCCAAGGCCGGCUUCUACUUGGCCUUCCAGGACCAGGGCGCCUGCAUGUCACUCAUCUCCGUGCGCGCCUUCUACAAGAAGUGUGCAUCCACCACGGCGGGCUUCGCACUCUUCCCCGAGACCCUCACAGGGGCUGAGCCCACCUCGCUGGUCAUUGCCCUUGGCACCUGCAUCGCUAAUGCCGUGGAGGUGUCUGUGCCGCUCAGGCUGUAUUGCAAUAGCGACGGGGAGUGGAUGGUACCUGUAGGUGCCUGCACCUGCGCCACUGGCCAUGAGCCAGCUGCCAAGGAGUCCCAGUGCCGUGCCUGUCCCCCUGGGAGCUACAAGGCAAAGCAGGGAGAGGGGCCCUGCCUCCCCUGUCCCCCCAACAGCCGCACCACCUCACCAGCUGCCAGCAUCUGCACCUGCCACAAUAACUUCUACCGUGCAGAUUCGGACUCUGCAGACAGCGCCUGUACCACGGUGCCAUCUCCACCCCGGGCCGUCAUCUCCAAUGUUAAUGAGACCUCCCUGAUCCUCGAAUGGAGCGAGCCCCGGGACCUUGGUGGACGAGAUGACCUCCUGUAUAACGUCAUCUGCAAGAAGUGCCAUGGGGGCCUUGGGCUCGGGGGCCCCUUAACGUGCUCGCGCUGCGAUGACAACGUGGAGUUUGUGCCCCGGCAGCUGGGCCUGACCGAGCGCCGGGUCCACAUCAGUCACCUGCUGGCCCACACACGCUACACCUUUGAGGUGCAGGCAGUCAACGGUGUCUCGGGCAAGAGUCCUCUGCCUCCCCGCUACGUGGCUGUGAAUAUCACCACCAACCAGGCCGCCCCAUCCGAAGUGCCUACGCUCCACCUGCACAGCAGCUCCGGGAGCAGCCUGACCCUGUCCUGGGCACCCCCGGAACGGCCUAAUGGAGUCAUCCUGGACUACGAGAUGAAGUACUUCGACAAGAGUGAGGGCAUCGCCUCCACUGUGACCAGUCAGAAGAGCUCUGUGCAGCUGGACGGGCUGCGGCCUGAUGCCCGCUACGUGGUCCAGGUCCGGGCCCGCACUGUAGCAGGCUAUGGACAGUACAGCCACCCAGCUGAGUUUGAGACCACAAGUGAGAGAGGCUCCAGGGCCCAGCAGCUCCAGGAACAGCUUCCCCUCAUAGUGGGCUCUGCCACAGCUGGCCUUGUCUUCGUGGUGGCUGUCGUGGUCAUCGCUGUCGUCUGCCUCAGGAAGCAGCGGCACGGCCCCGACUCAGAGUACACGGAGAAGCUGCAGCAAUACAUCGCUCCUGGGAUGAAAGUUUACAUUGACCCCUUUACCUACGAGGAUCCUAAUGAGGCUGUCCGAGAGUUUGCCAAGGAGAUCGACGUGUCCUGUGUCAAGAUUGAGGAGGUGAUUGGAGCUGGGGAGUUUGGGGAAGUGUGCCGGGGUCGCCUGAAACUGCCUGGCCGCCGGGAGGUGUUUGUGGCCAUCAAGACACUGAAGGUGGGCUAUACCGAGAGGCAGCGGCGAGACUUCCUGAGUGAGGCCUCUAUCAUGGGUCAGUUUGACCACCCCAACAUCAUCCGCCUGGAGGGUGUGGUCACCAAAAGUCGUCCAGUUAUGAUCCUCACUGAAUUCAUGGAGAACUGUGCCCUGGAUUCCUUCCUUCGGCUCAACGAUGGACAGUUCACAGUCAUCCAACUGGUGGGCAUGUUGAGGGGCAUUGCUGCUGGCAUGAAGUACCUGUCUGAGAUGAACUAUGUGCACCGUGACCUGGCUGCCCGUAACAUCCUGGUCAACAGCAACUUGGUCUGCAAAGUCUCAGACUUCGGCCUCUCCCGCUUCCUGGAGGAUGACCCCUCGGACCCCACCUACACCAGCUCCCUGGGCGGGAAGAUCCCUAUCCGGUGGACCGCUCCGGAAGCCAUAGCCUAUCGGAAGUUCACCUCUGCAAGUGAUGUCUGGAGCUAUGGAAUUGUCAUGUGGGAGGUCAUGAGCUAUGGAGAACGGCCGUACUGGGACAUGAGCAACCAGGAUGUCAUCAAUGCUGUGGAGCAGGACUACCGGUUGCCACCCCCUAUGGACUGCCCCACAGCGCUGCACCAGCUCAUGCUGGACUGUUGGGUGCGGGACCGGAACCUCAGGCCCAAGUUCUCCCAGAUCGUCAACACCCUGGACAAGCUCAUUCGCAAUGCCGCCAGCCUCAAGGUCAUCGCCAGUGCCCAGUCCGGCAUGUCCCAGCCCCUCCUGGACCGCACAGUCCCCGAUUACACGACCUUCACAACGGUGGGUGACUGGCUGGAUGCCAUCAAGAUGGGGCGGUAUAAGGAGAGCUUCGGCAGUGCUGGGUUUGCAUCCUUUGACCUGGUGGCCCAGAUGACUGCAGAAGAUCUGCUUCGGAUUGGAGUCACUCUGGCUGGCCACCAGAAGAAGAUCCUGAGCAGCAUCCAGGAUAUGCGGCUGCAGAUGAACCAGACUCUGCCUGUGCAAGUCUGAUACCCAUCUCCAACUGGGGGGAUCCCCCAGACUGCAUCGGAACUCUUGACUAGCCAGCUGGAUUUGCGUACUUUUGGACGCCUGGUCUUAGGCUAUGGCCCAGAAGAUGGAAGUCUGGAGAGGGCAUAAGCUGGGACUUCUCCAGGCUUGUGUUCCCUCUCCAGGAAGUGUGCCCCAAACCUCUUCAUAUUGAAGAUGGAUUAGGAAAAGGGGUGAUGACCCCUCCCCAGAUGCCUUGGGGCCCAGGCCUUCCUGCUCUCCAGUGGGGUUACGCCCACAACCUCAGACUUGGCUAUGCUUCAGUGAUGGAGGUCCUGGUAGCGUCAAAUGAGGGGUAAACCUGGGCUCCUCGGGCCCCAGCCCUGGGAGGGAUCUGGCCCCCCCAGGUAAGCAGAGAGUACUCCCUCCCUCAGGAACUGGAGGAGGAGACUCCGGGAGUCUGGCACCCCAUCAUGAAGCCACCUGGUACCUCCAGUUUGCACAGGGACUUGUUCUUGGGGCAGAGAGCCCUGCCCCAUGCCCGCCCUUGGUGCUGUUGUAAAAGGGCAGGCAGGAGCAGGCUGAGGAGUAGCCCUUGCCCUCCAGAGACUGACUCUCAGAGCCGGAGAUUGUGUGUGUGUGUGUGUGUGUGUGUGUGUAUGUGUGUGAGAGAGAGAGAGAGAGAGAGAGAAUGUGUGGUGCAUGUAUUGGCCUGCACAGAGAGCAUGAGUGUGUAAAAGUUUGGCCCUGUGCCCUGUAGUAGGGCCAGCUGGGCAGACAGUGAAAUAAAGGCAAUAAGAUGA